UCCUCAAGUCUUGCAAACAUGACUGUAAAGAUCGCCGCCCUUUUUGCCCUCAUGGUGGGCGUUCUUGGUGACUCUGUGCCCUCAUACAGUCCUCCUGCUCCAUCCUACAACCCUCCUGUUCCUUCUUACAACGCGCCUGCACCUGCUCCUACAGGACCAGCACAGUACGACUUCAAUUACGCCGUGAAAGACGACUACUCCGGCAACGACUUCGGUCACCAAGAAAGCCGAAAUGGAUACGACACUCAGGGUACCUACUACGUCCAGCUCCCCGACGGUCGCCUGCAGACAGUCACUUACAAUGUAAACGGCGACUCCGGCUUCUUAGCUGACGUAUCCUACCAGGGAGAGGCCCAAUACCCAGCCCAGCAGCCUGCUAGAUCUUACCAACCUGCUCCCUCCCCAUCCUACCAGCCUGCACCCUCCCCAUCCUACCAGCCUGUCCCUACUCCCGCUUAUGGCUAAUUCUUUAACAUAACCGAUAUUGUCUGUUUCUGUAGACCUUUAGGGCACUUUUGUUUAUAUAUUUCUAAAUAAAAAGUCAUAGAAUCCA